AUGGCCUCCGAGGCGGCCUUUGCCUACCAUGAACCCUCUAUCAAAACAGUCCUCAACUACACUGGAUUUCUCCUGGUCCUCAAUAUAGCCAACACCUGUCUAGAUAAGCUCUUAUACUGUGGACUCAUUGGCCAACUUUUCAUCGGUGUCCUGUGGGGUACACCAGGUGCAAAAUGGCUCGACCGAGAGACAGAAACUGUUAUCCAGCAGAUUGGCUACUUGGGCUUGAUUUUGCUGAUCUAUGAAGGUGGUCUGUCAACUUCAUUCAAGGCCCUGAAGGCAAAUGUCCUUCUCUCAGCGGCCGUGGCCUUGACCGGCAUUUGUGCCCCAAUGGGCCUAUCAUUCAUUCUUAUGGAACUUGCAUUGGCCACGCCCCUUCAAGCGUUCUCAGCUGGCGCAGCAUUGAGCGCAACGAGUCUAGGAACAACCUUCACCAUCCUCUCUACCACGCAGCUGACCACCACACGGCUCGGCACUGUCACUACAAGUGCCGCGAUGCUAGACGAUGUAGUGGGUCUCGUUAUGGUCCAAAUAAUAUCCAACCUUGGCGGAAACUCCUCAUUCAGUGUGGUAACCGUCAUACGUCCGGUCUUUGUGUCACUGGGAUUCGCCAUUGGCCUACUGCUGCUAUGCGCAUUUUGCUUGGAACCGGUGCUGAAAAUCGCGAUUCAACAUAGAGCGUGUCUUCCAGACUUUGCAGGCUCGGCGGAAUUCGCAUUUCUGGCGCAGACGUGUGUACUAGUUGGCAUAGUGGCUGGCGCAACCUAUGCCGGUACCUCGAGCCUUUUUGCCGCGUAUCUUGCCGGUGUCAUUGUUUCUUGGUUCGAUGGGUUGGUCGCUGAAUCGAAGCAACACACUACUUCAGAGUCAUCGGCUGCCCAGGGGCAUUCUAUUUCACCCCAAGAGAACGUUUCCCCUCGCACAAGCUCUCAUGAUGCGAAUGAGCUUGACAGGUCUGACUCCCGGCCUACUCAACAGACCGAAAGCCCCCAGCAUAUUACCGGUGAAAUCAUCUACGAGAGAUACUACAAAGAGCCUACUAACCGCAUCCUUCUUCCCCUGUUUUUUGCAUCCAUUGGAUUUGCAAUUCCAAUCACUAAAAUGUUCUCCGGCCAAGUCGUCUGGCGUGGCAUGAUCUAUGCCGUCCUAAUGGCAAUCGGAAAAAUGAUUGCUGGACUCUGGCUCGUUCGAUUCUCAUCCAAUCCCAUAGCCGGUCUUGUAUCCAUCAUCAGAAAGCCGUUUGCUUACGCCCAUUCUUGCGCCAAACGGCAAUCCCACAAAGCCCCAAAGAAAAAGAAUAAUUCCGAGAACACUCAAGUAUCUAACGCAACAGCCGAUCAUAGCGUGAGCCAUAGCAGUUCCCACAACGAUGAGUCGCCUACGCCUGCGCCGCCUUCGCAACUCUCUAUGCCUCCCAAGCCCAAGUCUCUGUACCCGCCCUCCAUUUUGGGCUUGGCAAUGGUUGCCCGGGGCGAAGUGGGAUAUCUAAUUGCGUCCAUCGCCGAGAGUCAGGGGAUAUUUUCCAGUGGGUCAUCGGAGGGACCUUCUGAGAUCUACCUAGUGGUCAUCUGGGCAAUCACACUUUGCACCUUGGUGGGACCCAUUCUGGUCGGAACACUGGUCAAACGCGUGAAAACGUUACAGAUGUCUAGGGAGCGAGGAUCUGAUCCUCUUGGGGUGUGGGGUAUCUAG